ACCUAAUGAGAGCAACACAGAUGAUGCCCCAUCAACUUUCGAGCAGGAGUUAAUGCUACUCGACGAAGAGGAGGAGGUCGAGACCGUUUUGGUCGACGAAGGUGAUGCCUUGGCAAUUGAAGAUAAACUCGUAAAACAUCACAGCUGGUCCAGGCCGCCAAUUCAAAACUUAUCCGCAGUCAAAGACAAGAUUGUGUUUCAACAGAUUGAUGUGGACUUCUACAAGGGUACUAAAAUCGAAGGAAUGCCAGGCCCCGACCAUAGCCUGGUCGCGAUAAUCAGAAUUUUUGGUGUCACGGAGUCUGGCAAUAGCGUGGUCGCCCAUGUGCAUGGAUUUAUGCCCUACUUCUAUGUGCGUGCACCAGACAACUUUCAGGAGGCCUAUGUGUCUGCUUUUCGCCGUGAACUGAACCAGGCCUUGUUGCGUGACUUGAAGGGAAACCAAAGCGAAGGCAUUCGGGAGAUCGUUUUGUGUGUAACCUGUGAAUUAAAAGAAAACAUAAUGGGCUUUCACAAGAAUGAGAAGCACAAGUUCCUGAAAAUUGUUUUGGCCCUGCCGCGUUUCAUCGCACCUGCCAAGCGGAUCCUAGAAAAUGGUUUCGCAUUUUCCUCGAUGUCUCUACAAUCCUACGCUCCAUUUGAAGCCAACAUCGACUUUGAGAUACGUUUUAUGGUGGACGUUGGUAUGACCGGGUGUUGUUGGAUAGAACUGCCGGCCGGAAAAUAUCUCUACCGCGUAAGACGACAAGCUACAACUCCGACGAAAUCGCAGUCAGCGAAUAAAAUGCAGGUGCAUCACUUCGCCAACGAAACCGAACGUCUGUCGCCUCUGCCCGGUCAAACGCGUUGCCAGAUCGAAGUAGACAUUGCCUUCGACGAGCUGGUGAUCUACCCUACUGAGGGUGAAUGGAGUAAGAUUGCCCCACUGCGUAUCCUCAGCUUCGACAUUGAAUGCGCUGGUCGAAAGGGUGUUUUCCCGGUUCCGGAGGAGGACCCUGUCAUUCAGAUUGCUAACAUGGUGGUGAAUUAUGGUGAGCAGAAGCCCUUCAUCCGGAAUGUCUUCACGCUCAACACAUGCGCGCCCAUCGUCGGUUCGCACGUCAUCUGCCAUCAGAAU